UUUUGGAUCGUAACCGAUGGAAAUCAUUCUUUCCUUUUUCCAUACGCUUGCGUAAAAGCACGGCAUCUGAGCAAAUCAAUGCGUUUUAAUUUCUGGCUCGACUAACUGUUGAUUUCAGGACUUCCUAAAACAAGGUGAGACCGUGUCUACCCGAUGUGAUGAGCUGCAGUCUCUCACAAACAGAGGGUGUAGAGAGAGGUUGAUAGAGAACCCUCGUGGAGAAAAGAGGAUCCUCAGGAACAAAAUGGUAACCAAUCGCAGGAAGGGAGCGGAGAAACUAAAGCCAGAAGAAAUCACUCAAAUCCAACCCCAGAAGCUCAGUCUCACCCUCAGAUCAGGGGAGCCUCAGUCUUUCAACCUGAAAUUCAAGCGGGCAGAAGAUUAUCCCAUCGACUUGUACUACUUGAUGGACCUUUCUUACUCCAUGAAAGACGAUCUGGAGAACGUCAAGAACCUGGGAACCAGUUUAAUGCUAGAAAUGUCAAAGAUCACAUCUGACUUCAGGAUAGGUAUGGAAUUGAUUUCACCAUUG